AUGGCACACAUCGGAUCCAGAGACGCACCAGACAUUAUCUGCCGCUGCUGGUGGAGAAAAGACGAAAAUGUGUUUCUAGUCGGACUGGAAUGGAUAAAAAUCUUACUGACUUCUGGACCAAGGCAGUUAGUGAAGAUGAGGGUCCUCGCCAUCGAUACAAUUUAUCUACCAGUUUUCCUAUUGCUGUUGAUGGCUGGGAGAUUACAGGGAAAAGUCACAGCCCCACAGUUUGUGCUGGCUCCAGUCAACAAGCCCUUCACUUUGACUUGUAGUGUGUCCAGGGAUAGGGGCGAGUCUCUGAGGCAAGUGCACUGGAUAGACGUAGAGAAUAAGACCCUGGUGACCUACGAGCCGGGCAUCAAAGACAGUGUGAGUGGCCAGCAGCAUGUGGAGGUUGGCCCUGCACCCAAAGACACCUCUAACAUCAUCUUAACCAGGGUGAGCUUCAGGGACCAAGGCUGCUAUACCUGCAUCUUCGACAUGCACCCUUCUGGCUCACAGCAAGGAACAACGUGCAUCACUGUUACCUCUCAAGUCACCACCGAAGGCAAUAAGACAGCAGUGAGUGGCAAAAGGGCGCUCCUCUCGUGCUCUUACGGCUUGCCGGCGACACAGGUGGAGUGGAAACGCAGAGGGGCAGAUGGGCAGCUCAGUCCUGUGGCGUCCUAUGAGAAACGGGGCGAUCCCGUGGUGGAGCCGGGGUACGAGGGAAGGGCGUGGCUCAGCUCGUCCGUGUUUGAAAGUCAGCUCACCAUCCAGCCGGUGAUGAUCCAGGACGAGGGCUGCUACACCUGCCUGUUCCACAUGCCCCGCCAUGAGCCCAAGACCUCCACGGUCUGCCUCGCCACAUACGUUCUCCCUAAGCCUCACGUCACCUACAAGUCCACCUCUGCAGGGCUAAUCGAAGCCAACUGCACCUCGGUAUCUCGACCUCCCGCAGAGAUCGUGUGGAAUGUGGAGACGGACAACCGCACAAUGGGCCCCCCGAAGACCAGCCAGACCCCGCAGGAGGACGGCACCACCCUGGUCAUCAGCACUCUCACCGUCCAAUCAGGGCUGCUCAAAGACGUGUCCGUCAAAUGCCUGGUUCACCACAAGGGCCUGGAGUCGGCCAUCGCUGUAUCCAUGAACACAAAGAUUGGCACGGCUCUGACGAUCCUCAUCUCCGUAACCACUGUCGCUGCCCUCUUGGUCUUUUCUCUUUGUAUCUGUCUUUGGAAAUGCUUCUUACAAAAAGAAGAUGACAAAAGACGACAGCGUUUCACGGAGCCGGCCCUGUGA